AUGGCUUCAAGCGUAACGCAGAGCCAACAAGGCAAUCUCGAUAGAUAUUGUGUUAUCCAUGUUGCUACGACCUGUGAUGAGCAUGGAGUCUAUGUCACGAAGGAUUCGGCAGAAGUCAUUGAGCUUGGAUGGAUUUUGCUCGACGCAGCGAACUGCCAAGAACUUUUCCGUGAAAGCGUUCUUGUCAAACCCAUCAACACACCGAUCACUCCUCUUUGCACUAGUUUGACUACACUUACGUGGGAACAUGUUCGCAAUGCUGGCACUUUCCGCGACGCAAUCAACCGGUUCGAUGCGUUUGCGUCCGAGCACCUCACCUCUCAGAACCUCGAUUUCUCCUUUGUCACCCUCGACUCCUGGGACCUCCGAGUCCAGCUUCCUCGGGAAGCCCGUGACAAAGCUGUUGUGUUGCCGCCAUACCUCCAACACUCCCGAACUUUCGAUCUAAGAACCGAAUAUCAACGAUGGCAGCAACACCACCCUGAAUCCCUCCCGUUCGGACCUUCAAUGCUCUCGAAUAUCUGUGCCGCCCUCGAAGUGGAGCCAGUACAAGCCAGUGCGCCGAUUAAGCACAAUCUUCCAUUCCACCUGCAAGCUUUGGCACCGGCCUCACCUCGCCGUGCUAUGGAAGAAGCAGUUACAUUGGCAAGAGUCCUCAAGGGGCUUAUUCACAAGUCGCAACCCCCGCAUGAACACCCUGAUGUUCUAACCAGACCAAUGGAUGCCCGUGCUGACGUACGAGCUUUCCUCUCAGAGCGUAGCAAAGUUCUUCACAUGGCAGGCCUUCCUCAUGAUACUACCCAGUCUGAGCUGGAGAGCUGGUUCACGCAAUUUGGUGGCCGACCAAUUGCAUUCUGGACUUUACGUACUCCUGACCAGCACAAACCUACCGGUUCUGGUUUCGCAGUGUUCUCGUCCCACGAAGAGGCCGCUGAGAGUUUAUGCAUGAAUGGUCGUGCACUAAACGAAAAAGCUAUUGAAGUAUCACCUUCCUCCAGCCGUGUUCUCGACCGCGCCGCAGAGAUUCUUACACCAUUCCCACCUAGCAAGAACCGACCUCGCCCUGGAGACUGGACCUGCCCAUCAUGCGGCUUCUCAAACUUCCAGCGUAGGACAGCAUGCUUCCGCUGCUCUUUCCCUGCCAUGAGCGCUGGCCCCAGCGGAGAUUCAAUGGGAGGUUACAGUGGAGGCUACGGCUAUGGACCACCACCAAUGAUGCCUCAACAACAGCACAUGGGUCAUCAUGGAGGUAUGGGCGGUCACGGUGGUGGAAGAAUGGGAGGCAGUGGUGGAGUGGUACCUUUCCGAGCCGGUGACUGGAAAUGUGGAUCUGAAGGCUGUGGGUAUCACAAUUUUGCCAAAAAUGUCGCUUGCCUUCGAUGUGGCGCUAGCCGUGCGGGUGCUGCCGUUGUGGCUGACUCUGGUUAUCCAUCCCCAAUGGAUCCUCCUUCAAACUACGGUAUGGGUCCAGGAUCAAUGGCUGGCACGCCUGGCCCAGGUCCCUUUGCAUCUGCUGCUAGUGGCUUUGGAUCUGGUGGUGGGUACGGUGGUCAACACUUCGGCGGUCCUCCGAGCACAUAUGCUCUUCCAUCUGGUCUCGGGGCUUCUACUGGCCCUUAUCCUUCCUUGAACACCAACUUUGGUGGUCCUGCUGGGGGUUCUCAUUCUGCAGGCCCGUUCGAUAGCCGCGCCGCUGAAGCUGCUUUUCAAUCUGCCAACAACGGCCCAGCUUCUGCCGGUGUGUCUAACCAGUUCUACCAGAACAACCAAGAGAGCGACCCCUUUGCCUUCCUUUCUUCCGGUCUUGGCAACUUGUCUGUGAGUGGCGAUGCACGCCAAAAUGGAGGGUCGGCGCCGCUCAACCCACCGAGCAAGUCUCCUCAGUAA